AUGGGAGCACUCAACGACUUUUUCCAUGUUGUGCCAAACCCACUACCCACGGCAUCCGAGUACAAAGCUCACAUUCGUCGCGUACGGAAUUCCUUACUCACCUCCAAUCCUCAGCUCGAUGAAAGAUACUGCUCACUUAUCAAUCCUUACACCUUUCACACACCUCCAGCUCGUAUCACUGAGUUGAAACAGCUCCAGUCGGCCCUCCAUGCUGCACUCUUAGCCAUCAUCAAUAAUUGGUGGACUAUCCCCAGAUAUCAAGAAGCAAUUCCUGUAACGCCAAAAGUAGAACGUGUCCUCAGAGCUCUAGAUAUCCGUCGGCCAUACACCGGUGUUGGAUGUUAUCGUCCUGAUAUCCUCAUUCCUCGGGAGCAUGAUGGGCCACUGCAGAUUUGCGAAAUUAAUAGUAGAUUUAUGUUUAAUAGUUAUCUAAUCCUAUUGUUUACUGGCGAAUAUUUUGAUUACAACGCCAGCGAGGAGGACCUAAGGCGCUUCAAGAAACAGAAUACAGUACAAGAUGUCAAAUCAGCAUUUUCUCAACUGUUCGAUCCGACAAAGCCGGUAGUUCUACUAAAAGCGCGAGAACGCGGAUGGGAUGCCCAUUUCUUGCCGUAUAUAUGCAAUACAUCUCGCACGGUUGAUCCCAAAAGCUUGAGACUUGUUCCAUGUAGUAGUUCACCAUCAGGCUACACUUUAGCGGAUGAUAUCGGCAUAAUUGAGCAGGUAGCCCUGGAGUUGCAUCAAGAUGAGCUCGAUGCUCUAGAUGAACAGAUUCUUCUUGAGCUCGGAGCUAUAUGCUAUAACGACCUCCGCACUGUGUUCCUCGUUCACGACAAACGUAUGUUGGGCCUAAUUUUCCAGGAACUCGAUAAUCUAGUUGCAUCAGGGGCCUUGUCAGGAGAGCAAGCAGCUGUUCUCCGUCGUGGAAUCGCAGAAACGCAUAUUCCGGGUACAGAAUCGUUUCAAAAAAUCGCUAACGAGCCAUAUAAUAAGGAUAUGUGGUUGAUAAAGCCGUGUCUAUCGGGGGGAGGUGACGGGAUUGUUCUUGGUAAAAAUGUCGACCAAGAGACAUGGAAAACAUUAGUCAAUUCGAAACUCGAUGAUCACCACAACCUUUCCAUAUACCAGUCUAAAGCCUCCUCCCAAUCACACUUUAUCAUCCAAAGAUACCUCCACCAGCGAAGACUUACGUUCUUAACCAAGCCAGAAAAUGCAGAGGAUCCGCCUCAGAUCGUCAAUUGGUUAACAGUUGGGGGCAUGAUGUGUUUAAACGACAUCUUUUUGAAGCCAGGAUGGAGGACUUCGCCAUCGGAGAUAACUAACACUUCCUCUCGUGGCGAGCUGCUAUAUAGUGUAACAAUUAACGAAGAGCCUUAG